GAAGUCAGGGGUGGGGAAGUCCAAACUUCUCUCCUAUCGCUUCACCACUAGAUGUAAAUGUGGGUGAGGUGAAAAAAAAAACAUCAUCUUUCGUUUCCAAAAUAAUUUACUCCCUUUCUCAUUCCUCUCUUCCUGCUUUCCCUCCCUCCCUCUUGCACUGCCUGUGAAAGAUAUGGGAACAUCCUUGAGUUAGGAGGCACGUUCAUACAUAGAUGACUGUCUACUGAUGCAUCAGCUGAGAGUUUAUUGCAAAUCUCAAGUGGAACUACAAGUAGGAUCAGAAAUAACCCCCGACCACAGAGGUGGAUGCACUGCAGCCUCGGGAUAAAGGGUAGCAAAGGCCCAUCUGAGCAGGGAGUAUACCAUCAAAACAGAAAACCAGAGAGGAAGGACACAACAACAUGCAGACAAAACAAAACAAAAGGAUGGUCUUUCCAUUCCAGACACACAAAUCUAUUUUUCUCAUCCUACUAUUCAAUGUCCCACUUCCCAGCACAUGUCAGACCACACUGAAUGCCAGCAACCUCAACCAAACCAUCCCUCCCAGUGCUGCCACUAGCUCUAAUGCUAUCCCCAAUACCACCACUAACAAUCCCACUGUAAAAUCCACUAUCAACCGAGGCACCACUUCCUUCCUCCAACGCAACUCUUCCUCAAACUCCAUUUCCCAGGAUGCAAUCCUGGGGUGUGGGGCGGAUCUGGAACCUGUGUACUCCUACCUGUGUGACCGUCAGGCGGCGUGGGGUAUCGUAGUGGAGAGCUUGGCCUCACUGGGUUUUGUGGUCAGUUCAGGGCUGCUGGUGGGGCUGCUGUUCUGGACCCUAUGGAUGUGUGUGUUGUCCCGCCAGCGCAGGGGCAUCGGGGGGAGCGUAGCUUCUAUGGCUCUGUUCCUGCUCAGCACGGCGGGGGUCUUCGCCCUGACCUUUGCCUUCGUCAUCCGCCUCACCACCCAGACAUGCCCCACGCGCCUCUUCCUGUUCGGGGUGCUGUUCUCUCUGGCUUUCUCCUGCCUGCUGGCUCGCUGCCUGGCCCUGCUGGGCUUCUCUGUAGCCCGGGGCUGGGGGGAGGCUGGGGUGGCUCUAGCCCUCUGCACCCUCCAGGUGGUCAUCGCUACAGAGUGGCUGAUCAUCGUGCUGCUGCGGGACGGCCAGCCCUGCCAGUACUCCCAGGGGGAGUUUGUCAUGUUGCUCAUCUACGUGCUGGUUCUGCUGGCCGCCGGCCUGGUCCUCUCCUUGUGCUGCCUCUGCCGCUCCUGUCUCACCUACAGCUACAGCGGGGGCAGCCACCGACAGAGCCAGGUCCAGGCCACGCUGCUCUGCCUCACCAUGCUGCUGUCUGCUGCCAUCUGGGUGGUGUGGAUCGCCCUGCUAACCCGGGGUAACAUGGAGAUGGGCCGGCGGCCGCAGUGGGAUGACCCGGUGCUGAGUAUAGCCCUGGUGGCCAACGGCUGGGUCCUGCUGCUGGGCCACGGACUAGCCCAAGUGGUUCUCCUCUGCAGGUGGGAGGCCAGCUCCAAGGAGGGCCCCCUAGACUUUGGUGGAUGGACCAGUCCCAACGCCAACCUGCCAGGGCUGGGGAGCCCGAAAGAAGGGAGGGAGAACAGAAGCUUUGAGAACGACGGCAGAAAACAAGACCCCGUUUUCCAAUCACCAUAUGAGUCUGGAUUCUCAAUGACAGAAAUAGAUCCUGACAAAGAUUACUCCAUCCCUCGUCCUCAGACCACCAACAUCAGCGAGCCCUAUGAUGUAUACUAUGGACACAGCCUGUCUGAUUAAGAUCGCUUUGCUUUUCAUGUACACACACCCACAGACAAAGACAACCUAACAGUUUAAGAUAUAUAAAAAAACGUUACAACCGCAAUAGCAUCUGCUAUAUAUGUGUACGUGACUAAUACAAUUUCAUUUAUACAUGCACUCUCACAUGGCCCAGAAAUGGUUUGGAAGUUCAGCUACAAAUGUAUGUCUUGUAUAGAACCUGCAUUGCAACAUGAUUUCCAUAAUUACGUGACUAAGGCUCAAUUGAUUAAUGACAUUUUUCUUUACUCAGGCUGGAUCCAGAUAGAAUGAGCUUACUGAAUCUGAGCUAAUGUGACAAGAGUGUUUUUGCAACAUGCUACUUGAAAACACCAGAGACAGUGUCUAAUAGUCUCAGGCAGGAGGAGGCGUGAAUCUGUCUGUAUCAGGGUGCCAAACUGCAGGGAGGGCAGGGGCAGCGCCAGGCAUGUGUGAAGGAGAGACAGGACCUGGCAGCGAUAAAAUAGACCCUUGUCACCAUGUCUUAACAUCUUAAGUAAAGGGGGAUGCCAUUUAAAAACAAAAUGUACAUCCCACUUUAUAAACACAUGUUUAUGCAUAUAAAUACAUGCUAUGCAUAUUGUGCCGUUUGAAAAAGUGUUAUUAAAAUGGAAUGUUAAAAGGUA